GGUGGCUAGUAUUCGAGACUGACCACGACCUCAGACAAUCACUGAGGUCAGAUCAUUCUUAGGAAUGUGCGGCUACUAUAGAAACUUCGUUACGAACUAUUCUACUGUCGCCUCUCCUUUGACUGAUCUAACUCGACUUGACACGCUGUGGGACUGGAGUGAUGAGUGCGAGGGUGUUUUCAAGAGUUUGAAGCAUGCACUCAUGAAUCAUGAGGUCCUCAUGGUUCCCGAUCCGCAGAAGCCAUUCAUAGUGACCACUGACGCAAGCCAAUACGGCAUUGGCGCAGUGCUGGCUCAACAGGAUGGGAAAAAGUUGAGACCGAUUGUGUAUAUGAGCAAGAAGAUGCCAUCAAAGAAGUUGGCAAAGUCCACCUAUGAAAGGGAACUCUAUGCUCUAUAUAAAACACUUGUCCAUUGGAAACACUUCCUAGUGGGAAGGUUCUUCUACUUGAGUACUGAUCAUCAGACCCUCAAAUGGAUCAAGACUCAACCGGCUCUUUCUUAUGCACUCAAGCGAUGGAUUGAGGUCAUAGACCAAUAUGACUUCAAGCUUGAGUAUCUGAAGGGAGAGUAUAAUAAGGUUGCUGAUGCGCUAUCACGUAGAGCAGACUACCUAGGUGCGCUAGUUUCUGACUUUGGCGUAUCUGAUGAAGUAACUCAAUCGUUGGUGGGAGCCCAUCAGGAAGACCCUGUCACGAUGGACAUCAUUCGCAAACUUCAGGCAAAAGACAAGGCCACGGAAAGCGAGUUUGUGAUGGUGGACGGGCUCCUCUAUCUUGAUAAGGUCGGAAUAAAAAGAUUAGUAGUUCCAUCUAGUGAACCUUUGCGUAGUUUGUUCUUAGGAGAAUGCCAUGACACAACGGGACGCUUCGGCUACAAGAAGACGAGUGCUAACUUAGUACAACGAUUUUGGUGGCCAAGAAUGUUCGAUGACGCAAAGAAGUACGUAGAGACCUGUCAGGUCUGUCAGCGGGACAAACCGCGAACUCAAGCACCGCUUGGGUUAUUGAAGCCUUUGCCUAUUCCUGCUGGUCUAGGACAGAGUGUUUCCAUGGAUUUCAUGGACACCCUGGUGACUAGUAAGAGUGGCAAGAGGCACAUCUUCGUCAUCAUCGAUAGAUUCACCAAGUACGCUAGACUAGUGGCUAUGCCAGAGACCGCAAGAACUGACUAUGUCAUCAAGUUGUUCAAAGACAACUGGGUGCGUGACUUUGGUUUACCAAAGUCAAUCGUUAGUGACCGAGAUGUUCGAUUCACAAGUGAGCUGUGGAAGAAGACUGCAAAACGGAUGGGCAGUCAACUUCAAAUGACUUCAGGGAAUCAUCCCGAAGCCAACGGACAAGCCGAACAAAUGAACAGAGUUGUACAACACUUGCUGAGGCAUUACAUCAAGCCCAUCCAAGAUGAUUGGGAUGAGCAGUUGCCUCUCAUCGCCAGCCUGUACAACAAUGCUAUCCAUAGCAGUACCGACGUUAGUCCUAAUCAGCUGCAGAAGACCAUUUUCACCCUUCACCUCUCCUGCACCCUCAUGCGGCCCGGCUAUGGCCGCCAAUGCCUUGCAUGCAGGCAGCGCCCUACCGCCUAGCGUUAACCCCAGCGCAACGCAGCU